AUUGUGGAUGAAGCUCUUGAAGAUGUUCGCUAAUUGUUUGAGAGUCACAUUCUCAGCUGUGGGUUCGGGAACGCCGUGGACGGGGGCAUGACGGACGAGGAAAUUUUAUUCAAACAUGAGACUUUGCUGCCCAGUAGGGAAACGUGUGAGGCGCACUAUGUAAAAUGUAAGUGACUGGCACAGAAGCAGUGAAAGCAAGGCAUGUGAUCAGGACCAGAAGCCGUAUUCCUGGACAGGAAGAAAACACACACAGAUGCUGAAAACACUGCGGACAUCACAUCAGGAGCCCUAAAGUAUCCGAGUCACAUCAUUUCCUCAGAACAUCUAAUGAGCAAACCACUACGACUGAGGCACUUUCAGCAGCUGUGCGCUCUGUGCUUGAAGGAUUUCCCAUGUGGUCCAGGAAGCUGGAACAAGCCUAACAGAGCUCCAGACUGGAGAAGGAGUUCUGGAUUUGGAGAGCAGGAGCUCGGAGGUGCAGGGGUGGAAGAGACUGAGACACUGAUUGAAUACCUCAAUGGCACUCUGUCGCCAUGGACACUGGAGGACGCCUGUGGCCAGGAGAGGGGACUGAAGGAGAUGGCAGUGAGGAGCCAUGGCCCUAUCUGUAGUGACUUCAUCUUCAAAUACUUUACGAAACUUCGAAUUGUGGACAAGGGAGUCUCAGUUGUUGAUGAACGGCUGCUCAGGUUCAUCAACCUAGAAGAGCUUGUCUUAAGUGGAAACCACAUCUCUGAAAUAAACUCAGACCACUUGCCCAGAGCACUCAAAGUGCUUGAGCUUUGUGCCAAUGAGAUCUCUGAUAUGAAGGGUCUUUGCAAAAAUCCUCCACCUGGACUGCAGCACCUGGGUUUGGGUUACAAUCGGCUCUCCUCAGUCACGAACUACAAAUAUCUGAUGGCAGCCUUCUGGCCUGAGCUGGUCUCUCUGGACCUGAGCUUCUCUGGGUUUGGAGAUCAGGUGGGGAUGAUGGACGCCCUGGCCACACUGCCCAGCCUCAGGUGCCUGGUGCUCCAGGGGGCCCCUCUGACUCUCGCACCCUCCUACCCUGGCUACACCCUGGACAGUUUGCCCCGCCUCAUCUUCCUGGACGACGCCCGGGUUUCUCCCGAUGAGAGGCACUGCUUCUCUGGCUUGGCCAAGAAACGAGAAUUAAUUGCAGAAGAAGGUGUGGUAAUUGUGAAGAUUGGUGAAUUGAAAGGAAUUCCAGAUCCUUGUUUGGAGGCAGAAAAGACAGCAAACGAGUUUCCCUUCAUAGCUUACAGCUUCCUCAUCACCUAUGAGUUUCUUGGAUAUAAUCCCCUGGCUUUGGUGCAGCAGACAGAGUACGAGUCAGACGGGCUCCCAGAACAAAAAAGCAGUAGCCUCAAAAACCCUGCAGACCCGACUGUGUUCACCGGAACAGAAGGAGCUAGAGAGAUCAUUCAGGAACCCCAGUCCUCAGAGAGGGACAGCCAUGAGGAAUCCGGCAACUACCCUUUGCGGACAGCGCCUCCUGAUGGAAUAGAGGUGACUAUUCACCGUACCCCAGGUGUGAUUUGGACGGAGGUGAUGGACAGUGAGUACAGGGCUGUCCAUCGAACACGGGACCUGCCAGCCCUUAAAAGAUUCUUCCUCAGAGGUUUGCAAGUGACAGUGGAAGAACAGAAGGUCCUGUCCUGGCCAGCCAACACUGGAGAGAACACUGGUACAAAACCAACAUCCGGCAAGAAGGGAGCAGGGAAGGAGAAAGAGGACGGCAAGGGAAAGCCGAAGGACAAGAAGAAGAAGGAGCCUCAGCUAGAGCUGAUUCAGGAGCCUCCCGUGCGACGGACCCUGGGCUCUGCCUGGGUGGCGCUGGAGAGCCUGCUGUCCGGAGAGGGGCACAUCGAGACGGUGUGUGACUGUGGCGUUCUCCAGACCAGUCAGGCUGCCCGGCCACUGCCUGCUGGGGAGAAGGAAAGUAUAAAAAAAGUCAAAGAUGAGAAGAAGACCAAAUCGGGAAAAGACAGUACAGCAAGUCAGAGAUCCAGCUCCUCUCCUAAAGGUAAAGGCAAAGCAAAAAAAAGCAAUGAGGUGGAAGCAGUAACAGAGGUCGCCCCUAGCCAGCCUACUCCACUGACUGUGGAGUUUACCGUCCAGUUAUCCAAAUGGAGGACAACAGCAGAGGCUUGUCAAUGACCAGAGCCAUGAACUUUUGCAAAUCAAGAUCACUAAGGUUAUCGACCUGGUACUUCCUGUUCUUUCUGCUCUUAAUUUGCAUUCU